UCCGGAAUUGUGAGAUACUGUGAGAUAUGAUAUUCGAACAUAACCUUUAAAAGUUAAAACAUGAAUGAUAACUUUAUAGGUACUAAAUUAAUAUUAGCUAUGUCCUCAUAUUAAGAUGUAAAAAUCUAAUGAAAGAGUUAAGUGAUUUUCAAUUAAUUUUUAUCAACUACAUUUAUUCCAAUCAAAAUGCUUUCAUAUGAAAAUAAAGUUAUCUUGGCUCCAAUGGUGCGUAUUGGCACUUUACCUAUGCGAAUAUUAGCACUCCGAUACGGAGCAGAUAUUGUGUAUUCGGAAGAAUUGAUAGAUUGGAAACUUUUGCGCUCAAAACGCAGAUAUAAUGAUAUACUAAAAACAGUGGACUAUGUGGAUCAAACUGAUGGAACCAUAGUGUUUCGUACAUGUGCGGAGGAAAAUGGAAAAGUAGUACUGCAGCUUGGUACCUGUUGUGCAGAAAGAGCUUUGAAAGUGGCAAAACUUGUAGAAAAUGAUGUUGCAGCAAUUGACAUUAAUAUGGGCUGCCCUAAAGAAUUUUCCAUUAAAGGUGGCAUGGGUGUUGCACUAUUAGAGCAGCCAGAUAAGGCUUACAAUAUUUUAAAUAAACUUGUAAAUAAUCUCUCUAUACCAGUCACUUGCAAGAUCAGAAUUUUAGAGACUCCAGAGGACACACUGAAAUUAGUUGAGAAAUUGGCAAGUUCUGGAAUAAAAGCUAUAGCCAUUCACGGAAGAACAAAGCAUGAAAGACCCCAGCAUGCUGUACAUACUGAUAUUAUAAAAUAUGUUGCAGAAAGAUUGUCUAUUCCUGUCAUAGCAAAUGGUGGUUCAAAAGAGAUAGAAAAGUACACAGAUAUAAUAAAAUUUAAAAAUUUGACCGGAUGCUCAAGUGUCAUGCUAGCAAGAGCUGCUGAAUGGAACUGUUCAAUAUUCAGAAAAGAGGGUUUAUUGCCUAUGGAUACGGUAAUUAAAGAAUAUCUUAAACUUGCUAUAGACUUUGAUAAUUCACCUUCAAAUACAAAAUAUUGCAUUCAAAAUGUUCUACGAGAAUUACAAGAUACACCCAGAGGAAGAAAAUUUUUAGACUGUCAGACCCAAGAACAAAUUAGUGCAAUAUGGGAUAUGGAUGAAUAUUGCAGAGAGAAACAGAGCCUUUAUCAAACGUUGGGUAUAAAUGGUAGAUGGCAAGUGAAUCCAGAUGAACUACAACCACCCAACAAAAAAUUUAAAACCACAGAAAAUGAAAAACUGGAUGAUAUUGAACAAAUUAAGGUAUGUUUUAUCCGGGCCAAUUUCACUGAUCUGACAUUGCCAAAAACGGAACUCCAUUGCUGGGCUGCCAAGAAUGGCCAUAAACUACCAACAUAUGAAACACAACAAGUGCAGAAACUUUUCAGAACAAUAUUGACUUUUAAUGGGAAAAAAUAUACUUCUUCAUUUUGGGAAAAGAACAAAAAAUUUGCAGAACAAGGGGCUGCUUUGGUCUGUUUAUUUUCCUUGGGUCUUAAAACUAGAGAAGAUUUGAUUGAUCUUGGCAGUAUAAUAAAAUGAAUGAAACAUCAAAAAAACUUUUUCAUUCCAU